AAGUCAGUCCUGAGCACAGCCACUGAAACAACUACUGUUCCCCCCUCAUACAAACAUUUGAGUUGUAAGAGUCUUCCCUCUGGUGUCUGCAGCGUGAUCCGCCUGAUAAUGCAGUAUCUCAAGGAGAACAACCUCUACCGAACCCUGACCACCUUACAGGAGGAAACCACCGUCUCCCUGAACACGGUGGAGAGCAUCGACAGUUUCAUCGCAGAUAUAAACAGCGGCCACUGGGACUCUGUCCUGCUGGCCAUCGAGUCCCUGAAGCUGCCAGACAACACACUGAUCGACCUCUAUGAGCAGGUUGUGAUGGAGCUGAUUGAGAUGAGGGAGGUGGGAGCAGCUCGCUCGCUCCUCAGACAAACCGACCCCAUGAUCAUGUUGAAGCAGACUCAGCCGGAGAGAUACGUCCACCUGGAGAACCUGCUGACGUGCUCCUACUUUGACCCUCGCGAGGCGUACCCGAAAGGGAGCAGCAAGGAGAAGCGACGCAGGGCGAUAGCUGAGGCGCUGGCGAGGGAGGUGAGUGUGGUGCCUCCUUCUCGCCUCAUGGGACUCCUGGAACAAGUUGGUUCGCUGAGACUACAGCAGUUUCCAGGUCAUCUCUCCCCAGACAACACCAUCAACACGUCCGGCGACAAGGACAGACAUGUGGUGAAAGAGAGCUUCCCAACGCAGCUGUACCGGCACAUCAAG